AUGAGCGACCAGAGAAAGACCAACUUUGCCAGAGGACGCGAACACCAUCAGGGACCGCCGAAACUGCCCUCACCAACCCGCACCAUCCAAAUGAUCAUCGGUGGUGGCGACGAUGCUUCUAUCAACAGCAUGAAGUUCACCACAACCCAAAAGCUCAAACGAUCGAUCACUCACGAACGAUAUGACAAACUCGAAAAGGGUAUCAACUUCGAUAAGUCAGAUACCCACGGUUUGGUUUUCCCUUACUAUGAUGCCCUUGUUAUUACUUUACAAAUAUUAGAUAUAGAUGUGAGACGUAUUAUGGUAGAAUAUGGGAGCGGCACAUGUAUUAUCCACCCUCGGGUACUUGCACAAAUGAAACUCGAGGAUAGGAUAGUGCCGUGUUGCAUCACGCUAACAACUUUUAACAAUGCAGUUGAACGAAUAUCUGGAGAAAUCACAUUCCUCAUCCUGGCCGCCGGCGUAACUCUAGAAACCACAUUCUAUAUCAUGGACUAG